AUGCCACCCCAGCCUCCGACUAUAGAGCCUGCCGCGCAGCUUUCUCAUACCCUGACCAAGCAGCCAACAACAAUGAUGCUUGACUACAGUAACAUUGCAGACAUAACACAUGUCACUGGCGAAGAUAUUAAAACCGAACCAAAUAAGUUCCCAACGGCAGAAGCUGAAGAAGAUUUGACAAUGAAGGUAUCCUUGGCGUCGCAACUACAAGGUCACCCGGUGUCAACUUCCUUGCAGUCUGCGCAAGUACACUCACAAAAGGUCAGAGAGGCAAACGAACUCUGGGAAAUUUUCAAGAAAGAAAGAAAUGAACGCAGAGACGAGAAGGUAAAGAAAAUCAUGAGUGAGCGUGAAAAUGAAAAAAAAGAGGCUGAGGAUAUUUUCAGACAGAAAAAAGAGAGCGGUCAAAAGCUGCAUUACGCGGACGCGGUGAACUACAAGAACCAGCUCAUCAAGAAUUUAAGAGGUGGCGAUGUAUACAUAUCUCGGCCCGAGCCUACUGGUGAUACCAAACAAGACCACUUGGAUCACCAAAUCCAACGGGUCCAUCAUGAAGACCGCAGUGUCAACGACAUCACCUUACAUUACGACCCUCCACCUCUGCCAGCCGCCGAGCCCCUUGACCCAAUAGGACCAUUCACACCCGCCGACGUCGCUUUCAACUUCCAACCAGUGGAAGAUCCGCAGCUUCUACCAACCACAGACUUCGAUCCAGAUUUUAUCAAGCCUCAAACCGUAGGAAUGUGCCCUGUUCCUUGGCUCACCCAGAAACCUACGCAUGACUCUACCGAUAUCCCCGAGACGGAGCUGUUCCCCGCCGAGGCGCCGCGCACGGUCAGGGAUAUGCUUGUUUGGAUGGCAGGACUGCAUAACCCAAAACACCAAGAGACUUUGGAAAAGUGCAUUCAUAACGCUUUCAAGCGCGACGAUGUGCCUUUCAGCCCCACGCUCCCAGUCAACGGUGCUCAUAUCCGCCCUAAACACGUCAUCGACAUCCUCCAGCUUGCCGCCACGUUCGCAGCUUCAGUGCUCAAUGCCAUCGCGCCCAAGUGGAGGAUGGCAGUGUCGUCUGUAACUUCAACGCCUAAGGACUCGGACCAAUCCAAGGACCCUGAUUGCUGCGCUCUCCUCUGCCAUCUGCGCGACUACGCCUACGCUUCUCACCACCAGUUGGAGUUCCUAAAGUCGCAGUGUUCUCGACUCUCCAAGCACGGUGGUUGGCAGGAUUGUCAGUACGGCCAUGAUGUAUCAUCUCCCAAGUCCCCCCUCCAGGCCUUCCUGACUGACGCCCCCGCCUCCAAGUUCAAGACACAUCCCUUCGACCCGUGCAACAUCUGCCGCAAGAGCCGCGUCAACAUGGGAUUCAAGGAUGAGGAUCUGCCUGCAACUCACGAAACUGGCAAACAUCUCCACACCGUCCUCUCUCCCGUCUGCGGCGGCGGAUUGAGGCUGCAGGCGCGUCUUACGACGCUCUCUUGCACCUCUAAAGUAGGUCACUGA